AUGAAACCAGGGAAUGGUACAAGAAUUUCAGCAUUUAUUCUUCUUGGACUUUCAGAGGAACCAGAAUUGGAGCCCCUCAUAUUUGGGCUUUUCCUCUCCAUGUACCUGAUCACUGUGUGUGGAAACCUGCUCGUCAUCCUGGCCACCAUCUCAGACUCCCACCUGCACACCCCCAUGUACUUCUUCCUCUCCAACCUGUCCUUCGUAGACAUCUGUUUCACCUCCACCACCGUCCCAAAGAUGCUGCUGAACAUCCAGACACAGAGCAAGGUCGUGACCUAUGCAGGCUGCAUCACCCAGAUGUUCUUUUUCAUACUCUUUAUAGUGUUGGAUGACUUUCUCUUGACUGUGAUGGCCUAUGACCGGUAUGUGGCCAUCUGUCACCCCCUGCACUACACGGUCAUUAUGAACCCACAGCUCUGUGUGUUGCUGGUGCUCACGUCCUGGAUCCUGAGUGCUCUGCAUUCCUUGAUGCAUAGCUUAAUGGUGUUGCAACUGUCCUUCUGUACACACACCGAAAUCCCCCACUUUUACUGUGAACUUAAUAUGGUGGUCCACCUUUCCUGCUCUGAUCCCUAUCUUAACGACAUGUUAAUCUAUUCUGCAGCUGGACUGCUGGGUGGCGGAACCUUUGCUGGGAUCCUUUACUCUUACUCUAAAAUUGUUUCCUCCAUACUUAGAAUGUCAUCCACUCGGGGGAAGUAUAAAGCCUUUUCCACCUGUGCCUCCCAUCUCUCAGUUGUCUCCUUAUUUUAUGGUACGAGUCUAGGAGUAUAUCUGAGUGCUCUUGACAGUCAAAAUUCACACUCAAGUGCAACAGCCUCAGUGAUGUACACUGUGGUCACGCCCAUGCUGAACCCUAUCAUCUACAGUCUGAGGAAUAAAGACAUAAAGAAAGCCCUGGGUGACCUACUGGAACAGAACUUUAGUCUCUAUCAUCCACAAUCCAGGGAUGAGUUCAGACCUUCACAUGGAGAUCUUCUUGUCAGAGACCCCAUCCAGGGCUUCAAGAGCAUUUCACCAGUGUUACAUCUGAUUGAGCUGGUGUUGCACCUUGCCUGUUCUGACACCUUUAUCAAUGACAUUGCUGCAUAUAUUGGAGCUAUACUGCUGGGUGGUGCAACCCUUACUGGAAUCCUUUACUCUUACUGUAAGAUAGUUUCCUCCGUACAACUUUCAGAGAAACCAGAAUUGCAACCAUUUCUAUUUGGGCUAUUCCUUUCCAUGUACUUGAUCACUUUCUGUGGAAACCGGCUCAUUAUCCUGAUCACCAUUUCAGACUCUUACCUUUGCAUGCCCAUGUCAUUCUUCCUCUCCAACCUGUCCUUCAUAGACAUCUAUUUCACCUCCACCACAAUACCCAAGAUGCUGGUGAACAUCCAGACCCAGAGCAAGGUCAUCAUCUAUGCAGGAUGCAUCACACAGAUGAAGUUUUUCAUGCUCUUUUCAAGACUGCAUAUUUUUCUGCUGACCAUAAUGGCCUUUGACCAGUUUGUGGCCAUCUAUCACCCCCUGCACUACAUGCUUGUGAUAAACCAUGAGCUCUACGGAUUGCUUGUCCUGGAGUCCUGGAUCCUGAGUGUCCUGACUUCCUUGUUACCUAGCUUACUGGUGGUGUGGCUAUCCUUCUGUACACACUUGGAAAUCCACCACUUGUUCUGUGAAAUUUUAUAG